AUGUUAUACAAGUCCGCCCUGCUGGCCCUGGGCUGUCUGUCUGGAUACGUUCAGGCACAGUACGCCAAGCCAGGAGCAUGUACCGGUGUUUGCGUCGACACACACGACCCUUCAGUCAUCCGACGCAGCAGCGAUGGCACUUACUUUCGCUUCUCGACAGGAGGAUUGAUCUCGAUACACACCGCUCCAGAUAUCACCGGACCAUGGACCUUCGCCUGCAAGAUGUUGUCGACCAACUCGAAAGUGACCAAGCACGGCAACCCAGGCAGUGAUCUGUGGGCUCCCGAUGUCAGUCUCAUAGGCGACACCUACUACGUCUACUACAGUGUCAGUACCUUUGGCACACAGAAUAGUGGUAUCGGCUUGGCCACAUCAAAAACGAUGAACUGUGGAUCGUUCACCGACGUAGGAAGCGUUGGCAUUACCUCUCGAGAUGGCUCUGCUUACAAUGCCAUCGACGCGAACUUGUUCAACGAUGGUGGUGUGUAUCGCAUGACGUUCGGGUCCUUCUGGAACAACCUAUAUCAAGUGCCCAUGGCCAAUCCACCGCGAGGAACUUCCGGUAUAUCGGUCCAGGUUGCGUACGAUCCAGCUGGUGAUCACAAGGUGGAAGGCCCUGCGCUCAUCAAGAACGGCAAAUACUACUACCUGUUCUUCUCGGCAGGUCAGUGCUGCGGGUUUGACACGAACCCAGCGCCGGCAGGGACAGAGUACCAUGUCAAAGUCUGCCGGUCUACAAGUCCGAACAGUGGAUUCGUCGACAAUAACGGCGCAUCGUGUCGAAGCGGCGGCGGAACGACCAUUCUCGCCUCGCAUGGUAACAUCUAUAGUGGAGGAGGCCAGUCCGUUUACAACGACCCAAAGAAUGGCUGGAUCAUGGUAUAUCACUAUGUCAACACCAACAUUGGCUAUGCGAACGAUCAGAAGCAGUUUGGAUGGAACAAGCUCAGCUUCUCGAGCGGCUGGCCUGUGCUCGUAUGA